CGGUGAACAUUCAGGCUUCUGUUAUCACACUCGGCUAUUCAUUGAAACAGGUCUUGUGUAAUUGUUGGUAAUUGAACCGUAUCUUCUUCUCCGUACUGAUCAGUUUGUCUGGCGAUUUUCUCCCCCUUCGUCUCUGUGUUUUCAAUCUCGAGGAGAUCGUGAACCGCUGUCAUCAACAGACAACGGCGAGAGUAAACAAACCAAACAGCGCCACGAACAGGGCAACGAACACGGCGCUUCGAUCCAUUUCUGCCGCUACACACACCUUCACACGUUUGCCUUCGACUAUCAGCACAAGGGCUUGAUACAGGAAGACUCAAGAUGGUGAAGUUGAACGAGAUCAACACGACUGCGACCUUUGCCUGGUCCAACGCUGCCAUCCCGGUGUUGGCGACUGGUUCGGCGGCUGGUGUCAUUGACGAUGAUUUUUCGUCCACGUCGUCGUUGCAGUUCUACUCACUGUAUGAUAAGACGCCGAUUUUGUCAGUGGAUGCCGAUGCCAAGUUCUACGACCUGGAUUGGUCAAAGAACAACACGCUGUUGGCGGGUGCGCUUGAGAACGGCACCAUCCAGUUCUGGAACACUGACAAGUUGAAAUCGGGGUCUGCAAAGGCCGUGGGUAAAGGUAUCAAGCACACGGGCUCGGUCAAGACUUUGCAAUUCAACCCGCUCCAGCACAAUGUGCUGGUAUCCGGUGGUUCCAACGGCGAGAUCUUCCUCUGGGAUACAAACAAGUUGGAGCACCUGUCGCCAUUUGGCCCUGGUAACCCGAUGACUCCAAUGGACACCAUCACUUCGGUUGCAUGGAAUCAUGCGGUAAGCCAUAUUUUUGGUGCUGCCGGCAGUGCAGGUUACACUUCCAUUUGGGACUUGAAGUCUAAGAAGGAAGUGUUGCAUUUGACGUAUACUUCCCCAACAGGUACUAGGGCUUCUCUAUCCACUGUUCAAUGGCACCCAUCUCAAAGUACGAAGCUGAUUACUGCUUCAGAAUCAGAUGGAGCACCAGUGAUUUUAACAUGGGACUUGAGAAACUCGAACGCUCCUGAGACCAUUCUUACAGGUCAUUCAAAGGGUGUGCUUUCCUUAGAUUGGAAUGCCCAAGACCCAAGCUUCCUGUUAUCGUGUGGUAAGGAUAACACCACCAUGCUUUGGAAUCCACUGACCGGUGAUAAGUUAGCUGAGUACCCAACAACUGCAAACUGGGCAUUUAAGACAAGAUUUGCACCAGCUGCACCAGAUGUGUUUGCCACAUCUAGUUUCGAUAAGAAGGUUAUUAUCCAGACCCUUCAGGACACUUCACCACCGGUUAGUACAAGAAUCUCCACAGUCAAGGAUAGCGACUUCUGGAAUGAAAUCUCCACGACCGAUACUCAACAGCCAAAGUACUUCGUAAAGCAGGCACCAGGUUGGUAUGGAUGUCACUCAUCUGUUUCCUUUGGAUUCGGUGCAAAGCUCGUUACCGUCUCGAAGACAGGAGAUAAGACAUCUGAAAUUAAGAUCUCUAAAGUUAAAUUACCUGGGUCUACGAAGAACGAGAACCUUGAAAAGGCAUUAGAAACUGGUGACUUCAAGCCAAUCAUUGAGUCUCGUUUAGCAAGCUCUUUUGACGAUAUCAACAAAGCUGACUGGGAGUUGCUUGAGAAAUUAGCAGGAGGCGAUAUCUAUGAGAAGUUCAUCGCAUUGGAGAUUUCUGAUGGAGAUGAAGUCGAGAAGGAUACUGCAUCCUCUGGCGAAGAUUUCUAUGAUAACGUAAAGGCCCCAAAGAAAUUCGCUCCAUCUGGAGAGUUGAAGUUCUCUGGAAUAGACUCAGCCUUGACUAAUGCAUUACUCACCAAGAACUUUGAAAAGGCUGUUGAUUUAUUGUUGAAGGAGGGAAACCUUACGGAGGCAUUGGUUAUUGCUUUGAGUGGUCCGGAAUCUUUGCAGAAAAAAGUAUCAGAUUACUACUUCUCUGAGAAUGGAGACAAGAGUCCACUCUCGCGUUUGUUGUACAAUGUAUCGUCUGCGGAUGUGACCGACCUUGUUGAGAAUGGUGACCUCUCCAACUGGAGAGAGAUUGGUACUGCAAUCAAGACAUACUCAGCGAAUGAUGCAGUGUACAAAACACAGUUUACCAGAUUGGGUGACAGAAUGUUGCAAAACAAGGACCGUAACGAUGCGAUUUUGAACUAUGUUAAUGCUUCUGCUUUGAACAAGGUUGCUGAUGUUUGGAAUUUGGAACUCAAGGAAUUGGAAAAGAAGAUAUUAACCCAGAAGAACACAUCUUCUUAUGACGCUCACUUCGAGUCCCUUACCGAAUUUAUCGAAAAGUUCAGUGCAUAUAGAGCAACAUUGAACUUGGAUGCACCAGUGUCUGAAGGCUCAUCGUCUCUCUCAACUCUUUUGGAGUAUAUCGAUAUCAUUUCCACUAGUGGCCAGUUCGAAUUGGCCUCAAAGAUUCUCUCAUUGGUGUCGUCAGAUCUACCAGCUGUGAAGUUGGAGCAGGCUCGUAUCCAAAAGGCUACUUCUACGCCAACAAAGACAGCUGCUAGACAAACCACCGCUACGAGAGCAGGCAACCGUUAUGGAUCUAUUGCUCAGGGAUACUCUCUUUCCCAGGCCACUGGUAUGAAUAACACCAUUAGUGGUUCAUCUGGUAUCCCUCCAAAUGUUGCUACUUCUUCUGUUGGUCAAACUUCUCAACAAAGGGGACGUUCUGUUGUUAAUCCAUACGCCACAUCUGGUGCACCAGCUGCGCCAGUUGCAGCUGUCCCUCCACCUGCCCCAAUUGCUUCAGCAACUCCUUCCUAUGGCUUACAGCCUCCUGCACCAGGUCUAGCAUCUGCUGGUCACUCUCCAUACUCGACGGUAGUGAACCCGGCUCUACCAGUGAAUGCAGGUGUACCAUCAUAUGGUGCUCCAACUAAUCCAUACAUGCCAUCUGCAACUACACCUGUUCCAACACCUACACAAGCACCUCCACCGCCAAAGAACGCCAGAAAAGUCGAGACUGAUGGCUGGAAUGACUUGCCAGUCCAUUUCCACAAACAACACCCAGUUCGCCGUCCUGCCCCAGUCGCUGCUGCUUCUGCUGCUGUGCCUUCCGGCUCAAGCUCUAAUGGUACAAACUCACCAAUGAGCCGUACGACAUCUUACACCAAUGCCCAGGCUCUUCCGCCACCACCAAGAUCUAUGUCGAGACCUAAACCACCUGCAGAGCCAACACCAGUUCACUCAAAUCAUUUACACACCAGUCGUUAUGCGCCAGCUUCUCCAAAGCCAAACGUCCCUUCUUUGUCUAGUCCGCCUCAUUCGGCCGCUGUUUUAUCAGGUCCACCAAAGAAUCCAUACGCUCCUUCUGCUGCCCCUGUUGCUCCAGUGUCGAAUCCAUAUGCACCAACCAAUGGUGGUAUAAACCCACCUAAUCCAUAUGGUGCGCCUCAGGUUGGCGGUGUCUUCAACAAUGCUGCUUCUGCAAGUCAUCCUCCACACCACAACCAGUAUGGUGCUCCUCCGACAACCAAUGCGUAUGCACCACCAUCAACCUACGGAACUCCAGCUGUGGCAACUAGUCAUAAUGCCUACGGUGUGCCUCCAACUGCUGGUCCACCACCUAGGUCAUUUGGUGCUCCUCCAAAGUCCGGCCCUUCAGCGGCCAAAGAACCAGUUGCUGAACCAGCACCAGAACCUGUCAAGGAGAGAUAUCCUGUCGGUGAUCGUUCGCACAUUCCUCCGGAGCAGAAGAGAAUCUAUGAAACCUUGGAACGUGUUCUGCAAGACGUCAACGCAGCUGGGCUUCCAGAUAGAUUCAGUAAGCAGGUUGCAGACACUGAGAAACGUUUGAACAUCUUGUUUGAUCAUUUGAACAACCAGGAACUUCUCACUCCACCAACAAUUGAACUUUUGGGUCAAUUGUGUGAUAGACUUAAUGAAAAGGAUGCUAAGAGUGCCGCUGAUCUACACCUACAAAUUGUGACCCACCACCCAGAUGAAGGUGGUCAUUGGGCCGUUGGUGUCAAGAAACUUAUCUCUUUUUCAGAUGCUGCUUGGAACUAAGAACGAGGCGACAGAGGAAGAGAAGAAAAAAAGUUUGUUUUCUUAGUUGUGAAUUGAACCAUCAGUUUUACAUUUAUCAAUAAAUUUGUUGUGUUUUCUAAAUCGAUGAUGUUUACCUAAGUGCUGGAAUCAAUAUAUUAUUAUACAGUAUGUCACUUAUUAUUACACCAUUCUUAUCGAUAUUUCCCCGAAAAGUUCCUGUUGCUUAACUUUGAUUCUGUCAUUAGUUGACAGGACUAAGAGUUCAAAGAACACCCUUGUUGCCUCAUUCUUUGGCGUUGUAGAUAGAGGUUCAUGUGAUAGAGCAUCCUUCUCCAGAACGUCAGUAAAUGUUGUUUCCUUCUCAGACUUCAUCAGCUCAACAAGAUGAUUUUCAACCUUUGAUGUGGAUUCAGUAACACCGGAGUUGAAACCCGUGACAUUUUGCUCUUCUUCUGGCUGCUGGUCCAAGUGGUCACCAAGGUCCUCUUCUA